AUGUCGCGCGCGCCGUCCGCGCCGCGCGCGCGCGACGCGUCGGCGCGCGCGCGCGCGGCGACGAUCGCCGACGACGCGGCGGACGACGAGCGGUGCGUCGCGUACGCCGCGCUGGACGACGGCGCGGACGCGGUGCCGUGCGCGGAGUUUCGAGUGACGUGCCCGGACAAGACGGGGCUCGGGGCGGACAUCUGCAGGGUGGUGUUUGAAUUCGGGCUCGUGGUGACGCGCGGCGACUUUACGACGGACGGCGUGUGGGCGCUGGUGUUGCUCACGCUCGAGGAGUCCAUAGCGCCUCGGACGUGCGUCGUGGAUUGGGAGCUGCUGAGGCAGCGGUUAGAGUUGCUGUGUCCGCACAAGAGCACGAUUAGCACGAUUCCAUCCGUCGAGUCGUUUGAGAUGUUGGAGCAGAUGCACGCGAAUCAGAGUCUGUAUAUUUUACAAGUCGAGGCGCACGAUCGCGUGGGGCUGUUGCACGACGUCACGCUCGCGUUGUGGGAGCUUCAGCUCACCGUGCAUCGCGCGCACGUCACGACGGCGCCGUGCGGCAAGGCGGUGGAUCUAUUCUACGUGACGGAUGAUUUACACGAGCUGCCGAAUCCGUCGCGCGUCGGCGAUAUUUCCCGACGCGUCAAACCCGUCGUCGCGCGAACGCCCGAGGCGUUGAAUCGGGUCAAUAUAUUGGUUCACCCCGCGCCGUCGUUCGUCACUCGACAAGGUCGCACGAAAACCUUGCGCGAGUCGUCCGGGAUGAUCGUCACCGAAGCCAAACCGCCGGUGUUCGAUUACGAAACAACCGUGGAGGUGGAUAACCUCAUGAGUCCCGCGCACACGGUGUUUCAAAUCCGCACUCGAGACAGGCAAGGCUUGUUGUACGAUUGCUUGCGCGUGUCGAAGGAUUUGAAAGUCUCCGUGAGCUACGCCAAGAUUGAAAUCGUCGACGACUCCAUUUGCGAAGUCGCCCUGUUCACGCGAAACAUCGAAAACGAAGAGCAAAUGGAAUACCUCUGCGCCAAGUACAAGGAACACGUCGAUCGUCCGCUCAAGGUCGAGAUGCUGUGUCACAAAGGCGAGAGCAUGACGAGCGAGCUUCGAGUCGUCGCGCCGCUGGAUAUCUCCGGCCACACCCGACCUCGCGUGUUGCUCGACGUCACCGAGGCGCUGCAAGCGCUCAACGUCAUGGUUUUCAAGGCGGAUAUUUUGAUCGACCCGCGCACGGUCGAGAACUUCAUCCAAGAUGAAGUGCACAGAUUUUUACUCACCGAUUUCAACGGUGAACCUAUUUCGUCCCCGAAAGCGCGUCAAGAGGUGUGCGACAGCGUCAUCUACACCCUUUUGCGUUAG